CACUGCGCGAGCUCCAGCUCAGCCGCGCGCAGCCCAUCGCCCUGGCCCGCCCAGGGAGGGGCGGGUCCCCGGGACGCUCUAGCCGCGCGCUCUGUGGUGGGACGGCCCGGCCGGGAUGACGCGGCGGGCGGGUCCCGUGAUGGCUGGUCGCGUCGCCCUCGCGCUGUCACUCGCUGCCGCCUCCCCGGCACCAGCUCGCGGCCGCCGAGCCCCCGCCAUGGCCGAGGAUGGGCACCUGGAGGCCUCGAGCGAAGGGUCAGGAUGGCUAUCUAGUUGGCUUCCUGCAUGGUGCCCCACAUCACUGCCGCAUCUUAAAGAAGCUGAAGAGAAAAUACUGAAGUGUAUCACAAGCACAUACAGUAAACAAUAUGUCUUCAUAUCCAAUGGAAAUAAAAUAUGGACGCUAACAUUCUCUCAAGACCUCUCAUAUAAAACUCCACUUGUUCUCCUCCAUGGGUUUGGAGGAGGUGUUGGACUUUGGGCUCUCAAUUUUGAAGAGCUUUGUGAAAAUAGGUCCGUUUAUGCAUUUGACCUCUUGGGAUUUGGGCGUAGUAGUAGACCACAGUUUGACACUGAUGCAGAAGAAGCAGAAAAUCAGUUUGUAGAAGCUGUAGAAGAAUGGAGACAGGAGGUAGGGCUGGACAGAAUGAUUUUACUUGGCCAUAAUCUGGGUGGAUUCCUGGCUGCUGCUUACUCACUGAAGUACCCAUCAAGGGUAAAGCACCUUAUCUUAGUGGAGCCAUGGGGUUUUCCAGAGAGGCCUGACAAUGCUGAACAAGAAAGACCAAUUCCAAUCUGGAUUAAAGCACUAGGAGCUAUGUUGAGUCCAUUUAAUCCAUUAGCUGGGCUCAGGUUAGCAGGACCCUUUGGAUUAAGCCUUGUACAGCGUUUAAGACCAGACUUCAAGCGAAAAUAUUCCUCUAUGUUUGAUGAUAACACUGUGACUGAAUAUAUCUACCACUGCAAUGUACAGUCACCCAGUGGUGAAACUGCUUUCAAGAACAUGACUGUUCCUUAUGGAUGGGCAAAAAGGCCAAUGUUACAGCGGAUCACUCACAUGCAUCAAGAUAUUCCUAUCACUGUGAUUUAUGGAGCACGUUCUUGUAUAGACGGCAAUUCUGGUAGUACCAUCCAGUCUCUGCGACCAAAUUCAUAUGUAAAGACAAUAUUUUGUUCAUGUCGGUGAACUGGGGCUCAAGAGAGAGCAAGUGACUUGUUUCAAGUCAGAAGGAAGUUUGGUUGUGGCAUUCAGAACUGAGCCACAUUUCUUCCUUAUUUCCCGUCCAAGAACUUAACCAUAAGGUCAUCUUUCCUGUCUAAAAAAGUAUGAACUCCACAGUUCUAAUGAAAUGUAUUUUGUAAAAAAAAAAAACUUAGUCUAAAUUUACAUACUACUUAAUCAAGGACUCUUCAAUGUGAUAAUUGUUCCAAUCAUUUUGUGUAGUGUGUACAUUUUUUAUAAGUGGUAACUGUUUGUUAUCUGCUGAAGUUUUGGAAGUCCCUUCAUUUGAAUCAUUGCAGAAAUAUUAAAUUUUGUCUUUCCAGCCAAUGUGGCUUUAUUUAUAUGUGUGAGGAAAGCUACUUUUUCAGAUGUGUGCUAACAUCCUAGAUUAAUAUUUACACACACACACUGGCCACUUUUCUAAGGAACUAAAUGAAAUUUACUGUUACCAUUCAUAUUCAGAAUCAUACUAGACAGCUGUGAUGGUUGAAUAUGGAUGUAUGAAUUUCUUUUAUGAGUUGGUCAGAUCUUGAAAUAUGCUGGAUACUGUAUUACUGCUAUGUGGUCUUCCGGAUGUGACUGACCAGUAACUUGCCCAAACAUGCUCUAGACAUAAUAUAUUGUAGGUCAUUAUGUUGAACAAAAGAUGAUAAUGCACGUUUAUCAGAAGUAGGUACAGGGAGAAGGGAGUGUGGACAAGAUGAGAUUUUUCUCUUAAUUUCCUGGUUCUAUAAUUCACUCAUAAAUAGCACCCAGGACAGUAUAGGAGGAUUAGGGAAAGUCAAAUCCUUCUAUAGAGCAUUUCUACUCUUCCUGAAAUGGUGACACGUUUGUGAAUAAAAAUAUAUUUAUCAAAAUUUAUCUGUUAUUGCUUAACAAGCAGACUUGCUAUAACAGAAGUUACAGUUAGGGAGUGGGGAGUAGAAGGGUAGGACAUGCAUGAGUCAUUCAAACAGAUAUACCCAAUCUGGUUUGGGUUUUCUGAGGGACAGGAGAGCUAAUUUAAUGUCCUAUUCUAAUUCAGGUUAACAUUUUGUCAGCCAAGAGGUGGGUUAUAAAAGGCAAAUGCAACACAGAAAGAAAAAUGGGGACACUAAAAGGCAUCC